AUGGAUCGUGCGGAGAACCAGCAACAUUCCGCAACCAUCGCGGAAGCCCCUGUCCAGUCUUCGCUGCUCGCAAGACGUCGCAAAAACGACCGUUCACGCGCGCAUGCUGGGAAUCCUUCUACAGCUGCUGACCCGACCUCUCCGGAGGUAAUUACUUCGUUAAUAUCCUCCCUUUCAGCAAUUUCUGUGCCCGUACAAUCGCAUUUCGACUUGAACGUCCCACGCAUUGACUCGGAAACCGACCCUUCAUCCCCAGUUUAUUUUCCACCUGAGAACCUUGACGUUUCCGACCAGCGCCCACCUAGCGAGCAUGGGUUUGGUGUGACUUACGGUUCGCACAACUCAGCCGAAGAGCAGCCACCACAUACCCCCUUCCUGCACCCAGAUGAUGCCGCAGCGUCGCCAGUUAUUCGCAUGGCACGGGCGCCACCGUCUCCAAAAUCCCCAAAAUCUCCCAAGUUCAAACUGAAUCCCGAGCGACCUGCGUCUGCUGGAAGACCGACUUCGCGAAGCUCGUAUAAUUCCCACAGGGCCACAUUUGAGGAUCCUGCGUUUGGCACGAUCACAGCAGAACCUGGCCCUCAAAAAGUAUCAACAGCGGCGAGUAUCCAUUCGACGAGCUCUAGAAAAAGUCUAAAAAGCCUUCUAAAAAAACCAUCGCGCGAAUUUGCUGGCGAGAAGGACAAACAAAUUGAACGACUCCGCAAAACGAAUAGCUACACGGACGGCUUAAGGCACAACGUUCCACGCAGUAGGGCUAGCUUGCGGUCCCUGCAUUCAAUGGCCGACGUGGUUGAAGAAGGACGGCCCACUCAGUUUGCAGUGGAUGCAUCCCGGGAGCACUCUAUCAGCACUCCCACAGGAAUGGAGCGCCCCUCGUUACAAAGCAACCACGACAGCGCACCAAGCACACCUGGGGGAAUUGGAAGUGGAAGAAUUAUCCCUGCUCGAGAGUCGUCCUUGCGACACGGCUUUUCUUCCAGUCCGAAACACCGUAAAAGCGGUCGUCAUAGUCGAUAUUCAUCAACCGCUAGCAAGGAAGUCAAAACGGAUAGUGGUAUCUCAGGCGUUGGCAACGAAACCGAACAAGUGACAAGGAGGAUUCAAGAGCUGAAAGAUCAACAGCAGAGAAUAAAAAGCGAGCUAGAAACUGAUAAUACGCCACAGCAUCCGAUAAAGGAACCGACAAGCGUGCAACCGCCACCCUCACGGGCGCGGAGUGAUACCGGCGGCAGCAUCGUGCAACAUGAAUUGAUCAUUGAUGAGAGUGCUCCAUCUCCGGCUAUUCUUACUGGGAGAAGCCGAUCAUUCCCUCGCAAUAGCCCCCAGGUCGCGCAGAGACCGACCAUCGUGUCAUCCCAAUCUUUUGCGACAAGACAGUCCUUCGACCGACCAGAUCCCAUGGAGAAGCUGCGGAACAGACGCUCUGUGGAGUCUCAACAGGCACCACGAGUACAUAAACGGUCCCCAUCCGGUCCAACUUCUCAUGCCCGUUCUUCAGUUGUAGGCGAAGACCGCCCAUCAAGUGCAGACUCGGUCAAUCUUGCUGUGUUUGAAUAUGUAGCCUCGCCGAAGCUAACACAAAGGGUACGUCAUCCUACAAGCGGCCGUGUGAUAGCAUUUUCAGAAGUUGGUGAUCCCAAAGGUCAUAUGGUACUUUGCUGCCUCGGCAUGGGGUUAACAAGAUAUUUGAUGGCAUUCUAUGACGAGCUGGCACGAUCUCUUGGCCUCCGGCUUGUGACGCUGGAUCGGCCUGGAGUUGGUGAAAGCGGCCCUUACGUGAGCGAUGCUGGGACACCUCUCAGCUGGCCUGAUGAUGUUGCAAUCGUUUGUAACCAUUUAAAAGUCACCAAAUUUUCUAUUUUAGCACAUUCAGCGGGUGCUAUUUAUGCCCUUGCUACAGCUCUAAGAAUACCACAACAUAUCCGCGGUCGUAUCCACCUAUUGGCGCCGUGGAUCCCCCCUUCUCAACUUUCCAACAUUGGGUCAUACAAGACCCCUGUUCCAAACAAUGCAGUACCUUAUUCGCAUCGGUUCCUUCGGGCCUUGCCAACCUCAUUCCUCAAAAUCGCCAAUUCGAGCUUCAUGAGUGCCACGAGCGCAAGUCUUACAUCCAGUCUUCCCAAGUCUCCGCGACGAAGCAAGCGCCGUGCCACCAUGAAAGAUGGCUCUCGACCAAUUUCUCUUGAAGCCAAGGAUGGAAAACAACAGUCGGAGAAAGACUUCAAAUCAAUGGAUAGCAUCCAUGUGACCCGCAACGUCAAUGGAUCUAAUGAUGGAAAGACCCAGGUUAUUACCAGCCAGACUGCAAUUGACUCCGAGGAACGUGAACGCCAAUCAGACUACGAUAACCGACUGACGCAUAAAAUAUGGGAAUUAGCCACAACCCACGCCAAUCCCGCUGUUGACUUGUUAGUUUGCUUAGAGCGUCAGCAAGCAAUCGGAUUCCAAUACGUGGAUAUCACCCGGAAUGUUGUAAUUCACCAUGGAAGUCGAGACACUCGUGUUCCCGUUGAUAAUGUCCGAUGGUUGGGUCAGACUAUGCGGCGCUGCGAGGUCCGGGUCCUCGAAGGUGAGGGCCAUGGACUGAUGGCUUCAGCCGCAGUAAUGGGCAAUGUCCUUAUGGAGAUUGCUAAAGAAUGGGAAGAUUGGAUGACUCUCGUUCAAGGCAAGCGCAGAGCGACACUUGGCACUCGUUCUGGGGCCAUGGUUGCAGCCUAG